AUGAUCCUGAACCAGGUCAAACUGAAGGCUACUCAAGGAAUAUUGAAUACAAUUGUUGAAACUUCUGAUGGUGUGUUAAAUGGAUUAGGUGAAAAAGAAUUGACAAUAACAAGCUCAAGUUUGGAAAUCGUCAAUAAUAUCCUCAAACAUGUUACUUAUACAAGCACAAAGUACCAAAUUGACGCUGCUGAUUUAGAGCAUAUUGAUGUACUUUCAGUCAUCAUCAAGCAACCCCCAAAGCCACGGUUCUAUGACCCUGGACCAGACAGUAGCAUUAACUCCUUGGUGACAAUAGUGACAAAGACAUUCAUAAGAUAUCGUAAGCUUCGGAUCUUAAUAAGUAGCAUUUGGAAUUUUUACCCAAACAUUACAAUAGUCAUUGCAAAUGGUAAUGAAACUCCUGAAAAAAUUGAAGGACCACACAUCGAGCAAUACAUAAUGCCAUUUGCAAAAGGAUGGUUUGCUGGAAGAAAUUUGGCAGCAUCUCAGGUUACAACUAAAUACCUUCUUUGGGUGGAUGAGGAUUUUGAAUUUACCGAAGAAAUGAAACUAGAAAAGCUUGUAAAUGUAUUAGAAAACACAGACUUGGAUCUGGUCAGUGCCUCUGUGAGUGGGAGUCAAUUCCAGUUCAAGAUGUGGUAUGAGAAAGGAAAUAAUGAUGGGGACUGCUUGUUUUCCCAGUCUGGUAGUCUUCACCCAUUGGAUGGGUUUCCAAAUUGUGUGGUUACCAGUCUUGUGGUGAACUUUUUUCUGGCCAAGACAGAGAAAGUGUGGCGUGUUGGGUUUGAUCCUUGGUUGGCAAGGGUAAUUCACCCAGAGUUUUUCAUUGAUGGCCUUGGUAGUUUGCUCAUGGAAUCAUGCAACGAUGUCAACAUUGGUCAUCAGAAAAAGGAUAAACCAAUACAGGAAUCUCUAAAGGCAGUUGAAAUGAAAUAUACCACUUUUAGGCGUGCAACAAAACAUCAAUUCCUAUCCCGCUUUGCUUUAAUCCACUUCAAAAAUUGGCUUAAAUGUAACACUCAGUACAAACACCGAGGGCCUGAUUGCCAUUGCAUUCAACAUUUUACACACUCCACCUUUUGUUUACAAUUAAUAUUGCUUGAACUAUGA